AUGACACUCAAGUACCUCAUCACUGGCGCCACGGGCGGCCUCGGCGCAGGAGUACUCUCGUACUUGGUAGCCAAUGUCCCAUCCUCAGAAUACGCAGCAGCGUCCUCGCGGGAAACAAAUCGCAAGCAAUUCGAAGACCGGGGCAUUGCAUUCCGCGUAGUCAACUACGAUGACCCACAGAGCAUGGAGACGUCCUUCCGGGACGUGGAGAACCUCUUUUUCGUUAGCACAAAUACUUUUGAUGUCGAGAAACGGCGCAAGCAGCACCAGAGCUUCGUCAACGCGGCUAAAAGGGCGGGUGUGAAACACGUGUGGUAUACGUCUCUCGCGUUUGGUGGCCUCCGCUCGGACUCCAAAGCCGAUGUGCAGCAGGCGCAUCUGAUGACGGAACAAAUGCUGAGAGAUUCUGGUAUCACCUUCACUUCCAUCCGGGAGGGUGUAUACACCGAGGCCUUCCCCAUCUUCCUGGGCUGGUAUCCCAGCAAGUCAACCGUGUACCUCCCCGCGGACGGCCCCGUCGCCUUCACCCUGCGGACCGAACUCGGGGAAGCCACCGCUCGCCUGAUGAUCCAAGGCGGUCAUGAAAAGGAGAUUGUACUUCUGACGGCACAAGAAACCAUCACCUUCACCGAGAUCGUGGAUGUGAUCAAUGAAACCACGGGCCGACAGGUUCAAGUGAAGAUUGUUCCGCCGCAGGAGUAUAAAUUGGUAUCGUGGUACGAUGCCAUUUCCCAGGGCGAUACUAGCACCAUCGAUCCGCUCAUGGCGGAUGUGCUGGGCCGGCAGCCGGUGCCGCCGCGCGAGGCUAUUCGGGCACUAUUGAAGGACAAUCGGGAUUAUGAGUGGCAUCAGAACUAUGUUAAUCGGGGAUGA